AAGUCCGAUGACCGAUACAAUGGUGGCCCCCCAUGUGAGAUUGCCCUCUGCUCCUUCUUCUCCUACCUUUUCCCCUCUCUCUUUCUUUGCUUUGCCACUCUCAUUUUUUAAUCUCUGUAACAACAACAAUUGCAAAAGCACCCCCAUGUUAUCGAUCUGAUUCAAAACACUCCAAUAGAAAACAGAACAAAAGCUAGAUCUCAUCUUUUCUCCUUCUAUUUCCUUUGUUUUGUGUAUUUAAUGCCCCAUUUUCAGGUUGGCUCUUUGGUCAUGUUUUUCACUUGAGUUCUCACCCACCUGGCCGCUUGUAAUUUCCUUUUUUCCUUUUUGGCAUCCACCGCCAUACUAAAUGCUUCUGCCCAGUGCCAAUGCUGUAAACUAAGAGACAGUAGCAUACAGUCAAGACUCAAAAACAAUAGAGGGUUGCAUUGAAUAUCAUUUCAUGGCAACAACUACAACUACAAAAAUAUCAUCUGCUCAGCUCAAAGUACAAGUCCAACCCAUCAAGCCUAAGCGCCGCAAGUGCAAGGAAACCACCAUUUCUUCCUCUGCUUCGUCAGUGGCUACUGGUUCUGCUGCUUCCGGUGCUACGAACAACUGUGCUGAAUCGGGUGGUGUUCAUGGAGUUCUAAGCCGGAAACUUGACUCGCCCACCAUUGUUUCUCCUGAUAGCUCUUGGUGUUGCCCUGCUUCCAAGCCCCUUCCAACGCCCCCUCCUUCGCCACCUCCGCAAGCUCGCCGUGUCCCGGACCAGGGGUUAACAGAUUCUUUGUCGGGCUUCAGGAUCCGAUAUUCUCCGGGAAGCGUAUUGCCUGUCAUGGACUUUACGGGCGGAACAUUGCUGUCCAAUGGUCAUUCUCCGUCGAGUUUCAACAAGUUCAACUCUGCACUCACGGCGGGUCUCUUAAACCCGAUGUCCCCACCGCCUCCAGCGGACAAGAUACGGUCCAGCCCGACACUUUUCGAGAUGAUGGCUAGCGAGCCCGAUAUCCAUCAAAGAACCCAAAACCAAGCUCAGAUCCAAGCACCCAUUUCAGCUCCGAGACAAAACCAACCCCCGCCUGUUAUGGAUAAGCAGGUAUUGACCAUGCAACGAAUUUCGGAUCUUUUAUCGACCCGGAGCCCUGGGAACCAGUUUAACGACCCGGGUUUGAGUGAUAUAAAGCUGACCUUGAGUUCCAAGGAUGGGAUUAGUGUGUCAAUGAACGUUCACCGGCAAAUACUGGUGGCUCACAGUAGGUUUUUUGCUGUGAGGUUAUCGGAUCGAUGGACAAAGCAGCAGAGGAAUGGAUCAACUGGGCCGUACAUUGUGGAAAUAUCAGACUGUGAUGACGUUGAGGUUUAUAUAGAGACCUUGAGGUUGAUGUAUUGCAAAGAUUUGAGGAAGAAGCUAAUGAGAGAAGACGUUUCUAAGGUUCUUGGAAUUUUGAAGGUUUCAGCGGCAAUUGGAUUUGAUGCUGGGGUUUUGUCUUGUUUGGAGUAUUUGGAAGCCGCUCCUUGGGCUGAGGAUGAAGAGGAGAAAGUGGCUUCUUUAUUGGCGGAGCUCCACCUCGAAAACGUUGGAGCCGGGGAGGUUUUGAAGAGGGUUUCCGUUGAAGUUGCUAAUGGAACUGAUGAGGGUGGUGAUAAUGAAGAAGUGCUUCUCAAGCUUUUGCAUGUGGUUCUUGAAGGCAAAGAUGAGAAAGCAAGGCGUGAAAUGAAAGGAUUGGUCUUUAAGAUGCUUCGCGAGAAUUCAUCUCACAACGAUCUCCGGAAAGAGUCCUUAUAUUCAGCUUGCGAUAGCUGUCUGGAAUUGCUUCGACACCAUUUUUUCCGAGCAGCAUCUUUGGAUUUGCAGGAUGCGAGUCAGAUUGCAAGACAAGCAGAUAAUUUGCACUGGAUUUUGGACAUUUUGAUUGAUAGGCAGAUUGCUGAAGAUUUUCUAAAAACAUGGGCUUCUCAAUCUGAAUUGUCCGAUUCUCAUUCUAAAGUUCCGGUUUUCCACAGGUUUGAAGUCAGCAGAGUUACAGCUCGGCUAUUUGUGGGAAUCGGAAAGGGGCAGUUAUUGGCAUCGAAGGAAUUAAGGUGCCUGCUAUUACAAACAUGGUUGGUGCCAUUUUACGAUGAUUUUGGGUGGAUGAGGAGGGCAUCGAAAGGCCUCGAUAGACAUUUAAUCGAGGAUGGGCUUAGCAACUCGAUUCUCACUCUGCCUCUGGCUUGGCAACAGGAGAUUUUUCUGGCUUGGUUUGAUAGAUUCUUGAACUCUGGUGAAGAUUGUCCCAACAUUCAAAGAGGUUUCGAAGUUUGGUGGAGGAGGGCCUUCUGGCGACGCAGUGGUGAACAAGAACCACCAUUGCCAAUACGAGUCAUAACAACAGCCAUCGAGAACUCAUAAAGUUCCUAUCUCCAUGGUGCAGAACCAGUGGUACUAUAAUGGGUUUGUUUCUCCUUCUCAUUUUUUCAAUGCUUUGGUCCUCGUCCUACACCGUUGGCUCAGUUUAAUCGAGUUCUCAUAGGAAGGUAACAUGAUUGGAGUGUCAUAUUUAUAUAUAUAUAGGUAUAUAUGAACUAGUAAAUUAGAAUUCAACUAGGUAUGCAUCCUAAGCAUAAAUAGUGAAUCUACUAAAAGCUGUUCAUACUAACACCAUCAUUUCUUAAUCUCUAUGGAAACUUUCAGCCAAGAUGGUGUUAAAUUUAUGGCUUUAUGAUGUUAGACUAUUAUGAAAAUUCUUGAUUGUUGAAUGCAGUGCAUCCUGUAAGAUGGUACCAGAGGAGGUGGAUAACUACUUUUGGUGGCUUGCUGGCAUUGAUAUCAUAGGUGAAAGUACCAUAUAUAUAUAUGUAUAUAUAUUUAAAAUAUAUAUUCUUUGCUGAAAGAAAAAUGAUGCUAGGGAAUGACUUCUUUACUGGUUUUCCUGUGGGAAUAAGUAUAACCCAGUAACAGGUUUGGAAUAGCUUUAGGCAAACAUAUACUUUCCUUAAUCGAGGAUUUUGGUUUUGGCUCUUUUGAAAAGAAGAUAUUGGCUUUGACAUUGAAUCACUGAUUCUCAAUUUCUGUAAAGUUAACUACAAUAUGUAUAUUCGUAUCAUGUUUGAAUUAUUUUUUGGUAUCAUAA